AUUAAAAAAAUGUUUUGAGGAUAUAUAAAGGGAAAAUACAAUCUUACAAUUAGUCAGGGAAUCAUAUCACUUCUGUCACGACACGAAGAAACUACGAUUAGAGAAAGAAUACUCCACGAAGCCAAGAUGAAAACAAUGUUUGCGGUAGCCCUCGCUACGGUCUUUCUGGCCUUUGUUUCUGCCACUCCAGAAUGUCCAUCCAACCAAGAUGAUGUUGUCUUGGUUCCGAAUCCAGCUGAUUGCGCAUCCUAUUAUGCCUGCGACGGUGGCGUAGCAUACUUAAUGAAUUGCUCUGCCGGACUUCUCUUUAACCCUGAAUUACGAGUUUGCGAUUGGGCAGAGAAUGUAACCUGUUCCGUUAACUCUUCAUCCAGCGUGGCACCCAGAGGAGAAUCCAGCGAAGAAUCCAGCGAAGAAUCCAGCGAAGAACCUAGCGAAGAACCUAGCGAAGAACCCAGCGAAGAAUCCAGCGAAUCUAGCAAAUCCAGCGAAUCCAGCGAAUCCAGCGAAUCUAGCGAAUCCAGCGAAUCUAGCAAAUCCAGCGAAUCCAGCGAAUCUAGCAAAUCCAGCGAAUCCAGCGAAUCCAAUGAAGAAGAUGAUGAACUACCUAUUUAUAAGUAAAGAAUCAGAAGUUUGAAGAUAUCUCAGACGGAAGACAAAUUGUUACUAUUUAUACGGGAUGUCUCAGAAUCACUCUUUUCGUCUAAAAUUGUCCCAUCUCAAAAUUCUGUACACAUGUUUUGAGCUAUUGCACAUUAUUAUGUAUUAUAGUGAUCGAUAUCAUGUAUGAAAUAUAAUUAAUCUAUUAUAAGCCUA